ACGACUCGUGCUGUCGACCCGGCGUCGAGGUCCAAAACUGGGAAUCAACACUCACGACCACGCGAAGAGCCCGGCCUGCCAUCAUGUACGAAGGCCUCUCUGGCCAGAAGAAGGGCCUCCUCUUCCUCACGGCUGUUAUCAUUGCUUUCAUGCAAGGGGGUCUAUGGGCGGCGCGUAGGCAGCAGACAGACAACUUUCCCGAUAACUCCCUGGUCGUGUCUACCUCCCGCUACUUGCCUUUCAGCAGAGGAAGCGCGAGGCCAACAAUCAAGGAGCACCCGAUACCCAAGCUCAUGGCGGAGGCGGAGACGAAGUUCAGAGACGUCUUAUCAAGACAGAGCAGGACGCUUGAGGACGCGGUGAAGGAGUACGAGCGGCGGUACCACCGGAAACCUCCUCGCGGGUUCGACCGCUGGUGGGCAUUCGCGCAGGAGAACGGUGUGCUCAUGAUUGACGAGUACGACAACAUCGACGAAGACCUCGCGCCCUUUUGGGAACUUCCUGGAGAGCAGAUGCGAUGGCGCGCAGGCUUGGCGGGCCACCUACCGUUUGUCGAUGUUGUACGCGUCAAAUCGGGGAACGCGACCGCAGUGAACCUUCUGGAUGGCUACGAAACCGGAGACGUGAGUGCACGCGCGAAAGGUCUGCUGUCCAUGGUGGAGAAGUUCCAGGGCGAGUUGCCGGAUCUCGAGUUUCCGGUCAACGGGAUGGCUGAAGGGCGAAUCCUCGUACCAUGGGAGAGCAGAGUACGCUCUAACCUGACAAUGCAGUCCAACCUCGACGCGGUCCGUAAUGAGCUCAGUGGUAUCCACCACCCUGACUGGCACGGAGAGGGAAACGUCUGGGAGGCGUUCCGGCGGACAUGCGAGCCUGGCACCGCCGCCCGCCGCCUAUUUAGCUCAUUCCGCGCCUCAUCGACACACAAAACAAGCCAGCUCUCCGCACGGAGCGAGGAAUUCGUGUUCGCCCGCAGUACCGCCGGCAACUACUCUUUCUGCACGAACCCGUGGGCGCACUACAACCAAGGCCACUUCUUCUCCGACUGGCGGACCAUCCCCGCAAUCUUCCCAAUGUUCUCGCCCGCGAAAGCGUCCGGAUACAUGGACAUCCGGAUCCCGAGCCAUUACUACUACGCGCAGACACGGCGGUAUACCUACGGGUGGGACUCCGUGAACUUGCAGCUCAAGCCCGUGGAUGACAUGGAGACGCCCUGGGACGAGAAGAGCGAUAAGAUAUUCUGGCGGGGUGCCUCAACGGGUGGCGGCAGCUCGCCUCCUGGAUUCGCUGCACAGUAUCAGCGUCAUAGAUUCGUGCGUCUCGCAAGCGACCGGUCCUCGGCUAACCGUACGGUCGUCUUCGCCGAUCCGCCCGGGUCGACGAACUAUAUCUAUGCCGAUGUUCCCGCUGCGGCACUGAACGAUGAGGUCAUGGACGUGGCAUUCGUCAAGGUCGUCGGAGCGGAGAACUUCCCAGGCGGCCACGACACGUUUGUGCAGCAGCACCGCGUCGACGACGGGGGUGUCAACCUCGGCGACCACUGGAAGCACAAAUACAUUGUGGACCUCGAUGGAAUGGGCUACUCGGGCCGAUUCUUCUCGUUCAUGGAGUCAGACAGUGCUGUCAUGAAGUCCACUGUCUACCGCGAGUUCUUCUCGGACUGGAUACAGCCGUGGUUGCACUACAUCCCCAUCUCACAAACGUACUCCGAGAUCUACAACGUGCACGCGUUCUUCUCCGGCGCGACAGAGUCCACCCUCCGCGCCGCGAACGCGACGGCGCUAUCGAUACCCCCAGAGCAGCGCAGGACCGUCGAUGGCGAUCGGAGGCUGCGUCGGAUCGCGCGCGCGGGCAAGCAGUGGAAGCGCACGAUCGUACGACGGGUCGAUAUGGAAGCAUACGUUUACCGACUGUGUCUCGAGUACGCGCGCCUGUGGGCGGAUGACCGGGACGCGAUGAGCUAUACGCUCACCCCCUAAGCUUUUCUCUCCACUCUUCACGGCGCCUUCAUGGCAUCCGUCCUUUUCGUGGUCAUCUCCGCCCCCGACCACUGACGCAAGUAUUGGUCAGCUGGCGGGUUCGGCAUUGCUCCUGGGGUCUGCGGGACGUUUCACAUAGAAUUAGCAUAGGAUGUAGUACUACCAGCUGUCCGCGCGCUCCGCCGCCGUAAAUAAUCGUAGAGUCCUGGGUAAUCGCAUGCCUCGUGAUAGCG